AUGGAACGUCACGCCGAGAUAGUAAUGGCUCCGUGCAAGCCAAACCAGGGUGACCAAAAGACAUCCAUUUUCCUUGCUGGAACCACAACAAACACGGGCGGCCCUGACUGGCGUGAAACUUUGACCAGAGCCCUCAUCCAUCAUCCGGUGACAAUUUUCAACCCAAACCGACCAGACUGGGAUAGGACAUGGAAGGAAAACUUCUCCGACAAGCGAUGGGAGGAGCAGGUUUGGUGGGAACUCGACAUGCAAGAGGCCGCAGACAUCAUUGUUUUCAUGUUCCACCGAUCAACGGAUGCUCCUAUUAGUCUCAUGGAGUUCGGUUUGGCGGUAAAGACAAAAUUGAAAAGAGUUUUCGUCUGUGCCCAGGAAGGCUAUAAGAAAAAGGGGAAUGUGGAGGCGGUUUGCAAAAGGUUCGAAGCCAAGUUAGUGCAUACCGAGGAGGAAUUACGAGAUACCCUUCUCAAUGCCCUGCAAAAAGGCGACUUAGAGUAG